AGAUGGCAGCAAAAGUAGUAUGGCGGAUGUUAAGGAAAGUAGAGUAAAUCAGUUGGAUGCUGCAGCCUUAGAUGAAGAACUGCUUUCACUACUCUGUGGACGAGUAAAUGAAGCUUUGAAAUAUUUUAAGGCUGGACUUUUUACUAGUAUAGGACCAGAACUGCAAGCCUUGUUGAAGCUUGUAGUUUGGAAGCUGACUUUGUAUUCAAAUGGCUCCACUAUUGGUCAAAACCUGUUAAAUCUGGAAUAUAAACAUGCUGAAUCAACCUGUUCCUUGUCAUCCAGAAGAGCUAUUUUGUUUGCAUUUUUCACUGUUGGACUACCAUGGCUGAAAGAGAGACUUGAAGUUUUAGUGAGACCAUUUGUGGCAGCUGAAAACAUGAGCAAGGUUCGAGAUGGAGUGGAAUGGAUUGAAACAACUAUAAAACUGGGAAACAUGCUAAACUUUCUGAUAUUUCUUCAGCAAGGAAAGUACUGUUUGCUGAGUGAGCGUGUCCUUCAUAUUCGUAACAUGAGCUCUACUGUCCAGCCCUUGCGACAGGUGCAGUAUGAGUAUAUGAAUCGUGAACUUUUAUGGCAUGGAUUUGCUGAAUUCUUAACUUUCGUUUUGCCACUCAUCAAUGUUCAUCGCAUGAAGAAUAUAUUAUGGCGAUUUAUAUUUUCCCGGAAAGAAACUCCUACGUCAGUGGAAACUAGAACUUAUGCAGAUGCGGCUACCUGUGCUGUUUGUAAGAAAUGGCCUAUCAUACCCCAUGAUAUUGGAUGUAGACAUGUUUAUUGCUAUUACUGUAUAUCUAGUAAUGUUUUGGCCGAAGAGCAGUUCAGGUGUCCAUCCUGUGGUGUUAGGGCCAAGGGAAUGAACAGUUUACAACCAGUCAGUGUAAUUUCAAAUCCAUUGCUGACUGGAUGAAAGAAGAAUUAUACACAGUUGGCAACAGAAAAUGAAAAGGUUGCAUGUAUAUACAUUUGUAUUUAUUUGUCUUCUCACCAUACCCCCCCCCCCAAAAAAAAAAGAAACAAGAUGUAAAACUCAACAGAAAUCAAAGUAAACAAUUUUUCGGCUUGAAAGGUAAUGUGUUUUUUUAUAAGUAGACAUCAAAAAUAUUUCAUUUGUUACAUGGAUUUUUAUCUGCUUUAUUGGUGUUGAUGUAUUAGUGUUGAGUGUCAUUGUAUAUUAUAUAUGACAUCAAAUAAAAAAUACUGUAAUUAUUA